UGGUUUUACUGUGGUUGUAGUAACUUACGGAAGUGGAGGGGAUUUUUAAGUUUAUUGUUAUGUUACAAUAACAGUGAUGUUAUUGAUUUCGAUAUUAUGAUUUGAUAUUACUGGAUCUGUGUAUUCAGAUAACACUGAUUCCUAUAAAGUUUAUAAAAUGUAUAAAGUAAAAAUCUGAAGAUGCAUUGAUCCUUUUUUAUGUAUAAAAUAUAAGUAACCUAACUAGGGAGAGGUUAUGUUGUGACAAAAUAUGUUGUGGAGAAUGCGUGGUAGAACGCAAGUAACUGUCAUUGCAUUGACGGUUGCUACCUUAAUCUUAAUUUUGUAUAGAAUGUCGACAAAUGAUAUUGGAGCAUCCAUUAUUACGAGGGAAAGGCAUGGCCGUUUGAUCAACGUGGAUGGCUUUAAUGAACUGUCAGCAAUGACACAGAAGCUAGAACAAAUUUCAAAGCAUCAAGAAUAUGAAGCCCGCAUAAUGGCUGAUAUUGAAGGACGAGGAGGAUCCGAAGAUGACAGGCAGGGCAGGAGGCUUAUGUUCCCAAACAGUCACAUUCUGCAUUCUAAUGAAAAUCAUGCAGACAACAUGAAAGAAGAUUCAGGCAGUUCAUGGAACAGUGGUAUACACCCAUUCAGAGGCUACCGAAUAGUCCACUUGGAUCUUAAAGGGGCACCCCCAAGAAUCUCCUACUAUGAAGACUUCUUUCCUUUGAUACAUAACUUGGGUGCAACAGGCAUUCUUAUAGAAUAUGAAGACAUGUUCCCAUUCAGUGGACCACAACUGCAGGAUUUACCUGCAUAUAAUGCAUAUUCAAAGUCAGACAUUCAACAUAUUUUGCAACUAGCAGCAGACAAUGGAUUGGAAGUAAUUCCACUGAUUCAGACUUUUGGCCAUCUGGAAUUUUUGCUGAAACUACAAAAAUAUAAUGAACUCCGUGAAGUGCAAAAGUACCCACAGGUGAUAUGCCCAACUCAUAAUUCUACGUUUGAAUUACUGACAGCCAUGAUUGACCAAGUAGUGGCUCUGCAUCCUGAUAUUAAAUACCUUCACAUUGGUUGUGAUGAAGUUUAUUAUCUUGGAGAAUGUGUCCGUUGUGGCUUGUCUAUGGUGGACCACCAGUGGAGCAAAAAACAGCUGUUUCUACAUCAUGUCAGUCGACUGGCAAAGUAUGUGCGGGAUAGAUAUCCAAGAGUAACACCACUAACAUGGGAUGAUGAAUUCCGAGAACUGACUGCACCAGAACUAGUGGAGUGGGGCAUUGCCAAAUUGCUGGAACCUGUGAUAUGGAAAUAUACGCCGGAUGUUACUAGUUACAUUCCACCUGAGGUGUGGGACAAGUAUGCUGCUGUAUUUCCAGCUGUAUGGAUUGCAAGUGCUUUCAAAGGGGCUACAGGAUCAGAUAAAUAUAUUACUGAUAUCAGUUAUCAUUUGGAAAAUCAUCAGUCUUGGAUGGAUAUCGUUUCUUCAUAUUCAAGUCAACUGAAAUUUAAAGGAAUUUUUAUUACUGGGUGGCAGCGAUAUGACCACUUUUCGGUGUUGUGUGAGUUGCUACCUGUUGGAAUCCCGUCUUUAGCAGUGAACCUGGCUUUCAUCCAGUCUGAAAGCAGAGGUACAGCAUUAAUACCACAACGAGUACUAGACAUACUGAAAUGUGAUGGAUCAGUACCAAUGAGCCCAGGUGCCGGACGAACCAGAUGCAGUUUUCCUGGUGCUGCAAUUCUAGAGGCUGUAGAACGUCUGUAUAUGCUACACCUCAAUGUGGAACGGAUGCUGGGAGAUUCAACAGUGAAAGGCUGGAUGACUUCCUACAACAUAGAUCAUGGUUUCUCAAGCCCAUCUCAUGUAGAACAUGCAACAGGAGAGCUGGACCGAUGCAAAAUGGAAUUGACAUACGUAGAACGGGAUAUGCGAUCAGCAAUGUCUGACGUAUAUGAUAGAUACACAAUUGCUGAAUGGAUAUCCACAUUCCUGCAGCCAUUGGAUACACAGCUUCAGUCAUUAUGGGAUGCUCGGGAAAAGCUUCUGUCACGUACGCACUGGCCAAAGCGUCCUCUUGAGAUCUUAAAGCCAUCUGUUGCCCAAAAUGUAUAGCUGUACAUUAUCAGGAAAAGAAAUGGAGAUUGUCCAUAUUGUCAUUAACAGUAUCAUCGUCAUCAUAAUCAUGGAACACACCAGUCAUGGGCAUCAGGGUGUUAUUAUAUGACUGGUCAUCAAUUUUAUUUCAACGCGACUCGCUUACAAGUAAACAUGGAUCUUUAUACAGAAGAACUGCUUCUGUUUUAGUGAGCUGUAAUGUGAUUCUGAAGGAUCCGUAUGUAUGGGAUGGGUGAAGUUUGUGUUAUUUCCUUCAAAUAAUGUCAACUAGAAAUGUGGAUUGCUGGAUUAUGUUAUGCAGCAAAAAAGAAAAAGAUGAUUACACAGCUUGUCAUCGAAUAGGUUGUUCUAGUAAUGUCUGGGACUUGUGUUUGGGGGAUACUUGGUUUGAAUCUCAGCCAAGACAUUGACUGUCCUGACUGAAGUUUUCUGUGAUUUUCAUCAGUCUCCAGGGAAAGGCCUUAAUUAAGUCACUUCUGCUUCCUUUCAAAUAUUGGCACUGUUGUGAAAGAACCCACAAAAAGAAUACACAGCAUAAACACAUACAAGGAGACUAUAAAUCUUCAUAUUCACCACUGUGAGAACAUCAGAUCUAAGCCAGCAUUAGACACAGUGUGACCAUUUACCUGUUAUGCAACUGGAUGCAUUGUUCAGUACCAGUAUAUUCAACUUAGAACUUAUUUCUUGUCAUUUUUAUUGCUUUUUACAUUAAAUCUGGAGAAAAAGUCUUAGAUCUAUGUUUUACAUUAUUUUUUCUGGGAUGCUGCAUAAAUAAUGGUAUGGCUGUAUGCAUAUUAUUGGUAAUUAAAAUACCUUUGUCAAAAAAUGCUGUACAAAGUUAAAUAAGACAUGUUUCUAGUUGACAGGAUUUGGAUGUCACUUGUGUUAUUAGUGAUAUUAGCAGAUGUAUAUUGUUCUAUACUAGGGUGUUGUGGAAUUCUUAUUUGGAAUUAUGUGUGGUUGUAUUUUAAAAUAUAUAUAUAUACUCACUGGUUCAUUUUUUCAAGGGUUACACCUGGAAAGAUGGUGAUUUAUUUUUGAGAUUAAUGUCUUCUGGUAUGUGAUUAUAUGUAGGUCACUAGAUAGUUUCCUAAAAACAAUGGUACCUAUCUAUCAAAUAAUACAAUGUCACAUUCUAGAAAACAGAAUCCUGAUAGUCACUGCUGUGAUAACCUCAGAUCAUGUGGUUUCCUUUUAGAAGAUGUAGUGUCUCUUUAUUGGGAAUGUUUAGCUGUACACAGAAAUGGUAACUUGCAGUAGUUUCCACAACAUCUUAUUGUAACUUAAGAGGUUGCACAAAAAUCUUACAAAACUGUAGGAUGGCAAAGUAAUGUUGUGUUCUGUUUUCAAUUUACCAGUAGAUAUGAAUUUGAAUUGUGAUAACGUGUGGGUUGAAAACAGAUUUUUAUGUUGAUUUGAUUUUAUAUUAAUACAGUUACUGCCAAAGAGUGGUAGUUUUUAAAUGAUUCUGUAUGUACUAAAUUUUUGUAACAUAUUCUAGUAUUAUCUAACUAUGUUUAGUUUUUACUACAGGCAUGUUGUUAUGAAUUUGACUCAGAUGCAUGUGAGGCAAAUAUUUGAAUGAGUAUCAGAACUUUAUUCAGUGUCAAAAUGUUUCCAUGAAACCCCAGAUUCCACAGCAGUUAUAUAUUAUGUAAUAUAUGUUAAAAGUACAAACACUCUAACAUACUUUUCAUGUUAUUUAGACUGGCAGAGAAAAGAGGAAGCUGAAUAAGAAUGAAAAUGCAAACAACCCAAAAUUAUGUUAUUUUUAUAUUCUCAGUGAUUACAGGUACAAUAAUAUCACAGUAUAGUAUCAUGUGGAACAGGAAAAGAUGUUCGCUUUACUUUCCUGUGUAACUUGUCACAUUCUGCUGCAAGAGGUCAUAAUAUGUGGAUGAUGCCAUGAUAGAAAUAGGUAAGGCAGGGGAGAGAUAAAAGUCGAGUAUGUGCGCCAACAUACCUUUCUGUAAUCUUUCAGUUAAUUUAACAAGCAGUGUAAAAUAAGAGAGAAAAUAUAUAUGAAUGAAUGCUUCUUCCCCUCCCCUCCCAGAUGUAACAGAGGGGAAGCAAUAUCUUCUUUAAAAUAUUAUGCUUCCAACAUUUUGUCAGGCAGAUAAGCUUUUAAAAUGUCAAAAGUCACCAGUACAGCUGAAGUUUGACUCUACCAAUUAUUUUUAUUCAUGUUUUACGGAGAAAUGGUAUGAUAGUGUGAUGUACCACUAUAUACUGCCAGUAAUAAGGCCUGAAUGUAGGUAGUUUUGAAACAAAUUAAUCUGCACACUGAUAAUCAAGGGUACAGUGUGACCCCCUGUUUAAGAUUUCUCUGGGGAGCAAUGGACAUGAACACUACAAUUAAAGAAAAUCCUAAAUGUAGGAAAUUUAACACUGGUAGAGACUUGGGAUCCUUAAA